AUGGAGAAGUUACUUGUUGGACAAGCAACCAAUGAAGAAGCUCUUAGAUCAAAGACGAAGAUAGUUUGUACACUAGGACCAGCUAAACCAAGGUCAAGAGAUUACAAUCUCAAUCGAUUACAACCUAAAAGGAGAUUCAAACACGGGACAAUCUCUCUAACGGUUUUGCCCUGUGACAAGUAUCUAGGUCUUGUUCGUUGCCGAUGCGAAAACUUUGCAAUUCUUGGAGAAAGAAAAAACGUUAAUCUACCUGGAAUCGUGGUCGAUCUUCCAACACUCACUGAGAAAGAUAAAGAAGACAUUAUGCAAUGGGGAAUUCGGAACAAAAUCGAUAUAGUCGCUCUUUCUUUUGUUCGCAAAGGAUCUGACCUAAUCCAAGUGAGGAGUUUACUUGGUGAACACUCAAAGAACAUUAUGCUUAUGUCAAAGGUGGAGAAUCAAGAAGGAGUGGUGAAUUUCGAUUCGAUUCUUGCGAAUUCCGAUGCGUUCAUGGUGGCUAGAGGAGAUCUCGGGAUGGAGAUUCCGGUCGAAAAGAUGUUUCUUGCUCAGAAAACAAUGAUCAAAAAGGCUAAUGCUCUUGGGAAACCAGUCGUCACUGCAACACAGAUGCUUGAGUCGAUGAUCAAAUCUCCUCGUCCGACUAGAGCUGACCGACGUUUUAAACGCCGUUCUUGA